CUAACUUCAUCUUCAUCUUCAUUUUCAUUGUCAAUUUUUUAUCAACUUGAAGUUGUGAUAACGAAACGAUAGUCAGCAUAUUUUGAUCAAUUGUCAAUUUGCGUAUUUUGAAAACGUACAAUGGAUUCAACUGAAUAGUGACCAAUCGUAAUUUUUCAGAAAUAAACGUACGUGUAUUAGAAUGUAAAUUUUUUACAAAUAACAUAAACAGGCAAUUGUUAUUAUCAUUAUCGUUUUCAAAAAUUAACAAUGUCAGAUCCAAAUAAUCCAUUUGCUGGUUUAUUGGGAGUGUCAGAAGUUAAAACGACAAAUGACAAUGAAUAUAAUGGAGAUAACAUACCAAAGCAACUUAAUUACAAGAAAUCACAAGAGGAUGAAGACUUGGAAACAGUCAAUAGCAUGGUGGAAAAUGUAUUUCAUUUUACUAUCAACAAUAAAGCUGUAGAUGGACCUUCAUCAGAUAGACAGCUAGUUUUCUUGGAGGAGUUAUCGCAAGUCAUUGCUCCUAAAAUUUAUAUAGACUUGGAAACAUUGGAACCAGCAUUAUUUGAGAGACUGCUGCUGCAAAAUGUUGAAACACAUGUCAUACCUAAAACAAACAGAGCAUGUAAAGAACAUGUUGUACAAAAUCAAGUGUUCCCUUAUCUAUUUAGUUCUUUGCAAAAUUUGCAAAGUUAUGAGCAAUUAAAUUCAGCUGUUGUGCAGAAUGCAUUAUCAAAAAUGAGGGAGUUAAUAUUCAGAAAUGCUAUAACUGCUUUGAAGCAGCCAGCUCUUUUUGAAGACCAGGAUUUCUCAUUGCAACUAUAUCAGCUACUCCAACAUGUAGAUCCACAAAGUCAUACAUUUUUCGAAGAUUUGGUGAAGGCAUUUGUGGCUGAUGGUGGAGAAGAAUGCCAGAAACAGUUGCAAGAUGCAAUGAUACCAGUUCUUAAUAGAAUAGCACUAAGUGUUAUGAAGUCAAACAUAAUUAAUCUACCAAUUUAUAUACUUCCGUGUGUUCACUUAUUUGCAAGCAACCCAAAUCUCGCACCAAUCUUAAUGGAGUCAUGUGAACCAAAAGAUGAAACAAUUGGAAGACAUUUCCAGAAUUCUAUACUGGGAGCACUUCUUACAUUAUCCGUGCUACCUCCGAAACCAAAUGCAACAUUCCAGUUCUUUGAUGGUCCCUUGGAUUCGGCUGGAACAUCAAUGAUUGAGAAUUCUAUUUGGAAUGCAUCAUCACAUUUGAACAAUAAUAUGCACAAAAUAUUCCUCACGCUGUUAAAAGGUGGGCCACAAAUGAGGAAUCGCAUACUCACCUGGAUUGGUAAAUGUCUAAAAGCUAAUGUGGCUAGAGGGAAACUUUGGAAUGUACAGGCUGGCGAGAUAAGUGGGGCAACAUUGAACUGUGUGUCAGACGGUUUUAUGUUGAACUUGGGCGCUGUACUGUUGCAGCUAUGUCAGCCAUUUUGUAGUACGCCUGAUGAUCCUAAAUCUCUCAAAAUUGAUCCAACAUAUGGAGCGGUGAUUCCAGAAGAAUGUGAAGCAAAAUCAGUGCAUCUGGACUGCUUACACAGUGAGACCUGCCUGCUACCUCCGCGUGAAGAUGAGAAUAAUCAGAGCAUCAAAAGACCCACUGCGGACAACUACAAUUUUGUCACCGAAUGCUUCUUUAUGACACAGAAAUGUAUUGAUCUUGGUGUCCGUGUGUGUGCGGAGAAGCUGUGGCGCUUCGGGCAGGAGCUGGGCCGCACGCAGCGCGCACUCAACGACGUCGCACCGCACCUGCUGGAGACCAUGCGUCAGAGAGGACACCAUCUUAUGACUAAGUUCAUGAGCCUGCGCUGCGCGCUGCUGGAGACGGACAUGCUCCUGCCCGUGCACAUGCCGCUCACCGCACCGCCUCCAGACACUUUGAGAUGUAUCCCGGAGUUCGUGCUGGAGAACAUCGUGGUGCUGAUCACGAUGUCGCGGCGCACGGCGGGCGCGCUGGCGGAGCAGGCGGAGCUGGCGGGCCUGCUGCAGCCCGCGCUCACCCUCGUCCUCGCCUUCAUGGGGGACGCCUCGCGCACAUACAACCCACAUUUAAGAGCGCGUCUCGCGGAGUGCCUGGAGGCGAUGUUGCCCAACCACCCCGAUGACCAGGUGCCGCUCAGCAACCUCGCCUCCUUCUCCAGGGAACAGCUCUUCAAGGAGAACCCGCACCGCUUACAGUUGGUGCCGUGCCUGCUGGACGUGUUCGUGGGCAUCGAACUAAUAGGUAGUUCGGUCUAUAGGUAUAAUAAAACGUUGUUUUUUGCUUGUUGUAGUAAGCUGGCGCGCGAGGCGGAGGCGAAGAUGGAGGCGGUGCACCCGCCGCUGUUCCUGCGCUUCGUCAACCUGCUCAUCAACGACGCCAUCUUCCUACUGGACGAGGCGCUCAACAACAUGGCGCAGAUACGCAAGCUGCAGACCCUGCAAGUAUCAGAUGAGUGGAAGACCAUCCCAGCGCAGGAGCGGGAGCAGAUACUGUCCAACUUGUCCCACAUUGGGAUGCUGGCGCGCUUCGACAACAUCCUGGGACGCGACACCGUGCGCACGCUGGUGCGGCUCACCGCGCACGCGCCCUACCUCUUCUGCCAUCCCACGCUCGUCGACCGCAUCGCAUCCAUGCUUAACUACUUCUUACUACACCUCGUUGGACCUAAUAAGAAGAAUUUUAAGGUGAAAGACAUGAAGGAGUUCGAGUUCGAGCCGGCCAACACGGUGAUGGACAUCUGCCGCAUGUACGUGGAGCUGGGCGGCAACGAGCGCUUCUGCGCCGCGGUCUCCGACGACGGCAGGUCCUACUCGCCGCAGCUAUUCUCACUAGCUGAAACUGUCCUAGUGCGCAUCGGCGGCGGCGGUCUGAUCAGCUCGCUGCAGGAGGUGUCGGCGCGCGUGGCGGCGCUGGCGGUGCAGCGGCGGCGCGACGAGGAGCUGCUUGCCAACGCGCCAGACGACUUCCUCGACCCCAUUAUGAGCACCCUCAUGCUGGACCCAGUGCUGCUGCCCAGCUCGCGCACCACCGUCGACCGCACCACCAUCGCCAGACAUCUUCUGAGUGAUCAAUCCGAUCCAUUUAACCGUUCUCCGCUAUCCAUGGACCAAGUGAAGUCCAACACUGAACUAAAGGAGAGAAUCCAUAAAUGGAUCGCGGAACAGAGGAUGAAGAUUGCUCAAACUGAACCAAGUACCUCCGAAUCUUAAUCAUCUUUUAUCUUUAAGAAUUCAUACAUCACAAAAGGAAUAGGCAGACUACUAUAACUUUGUGUUCUAAACAAAAAAAUGUUGUAUUUUGGUUUUCAUCUCUGUUCGCAUUUAAUUUUCAGUUAAAAACCCCGUUAUUCAUUAAUGCAUUUGUUUAUUAUAAAAGUCUAUCUACAAAAUUGUUUUUGGUUCAAUCUAUUUAUUUACAAAUAAAAGAGAAGUGUUUGUGUUUACGGUACUUUUUUUGUCUGCAAGCCCAUGUUUGUUCCAAGUAUUCUCUGAAACGGCUGGACCGAUUUUUACGGGACUUAAAUAAAGUAACCCAUAUAUCCAGGAGUAAUAUAAGUUUAUUAAAUUUUGCACGCAAGGUUUUAUUUUGAAGUAUCUUUAGAGAAUUUGUGAAUUUAAUAUUCAUCUCCAUGAGGACGAAGUUGCGGGCAACAGUUAGAUUAAACCCAACAUAAUAUAAUUAUGGUGUAAUAAUUAUUAUAUUCGUAGUGUUUCCAUGUUAAUAAGCACUAUUGUUUGCUUUAUUACUAUUAUUUUACCAUUAAACUAUUAAAUAAUUUUGAAAUUGAUGUACGUCACCAUGGGUUUUUAAAAAUUUAUUGGUUAUAAUGGCUUAUACCUUUGUUUUUCGUCUAAAUUAUAAUUAUAUUAUGUACUUUAUGCUAUUGUUAUUUUAAGUGGCUACUAUUUGAAAGUGAUUGCUUUUCUUUUAUGUUUUUAUUCCCUUGAAAUUCAAUAAUGAAAGGGAUGAUGUCUUCUUGGUGUCAUAUUGUAGACUCACCCUUAUUAAGGUGAGAACAUAAUGGUGUAAACAUAAGAAAUUAUAUUGAUAAGUAUUGUAGAAGUGAAAAUGCGGUUUGUGUUUAUUAUAUUUAUUUAUGUAUUUUAAGUUUCUUAUGUACAUAAAAUACAAUACCACCUGUAUGAAAAGACAUAAAGAUAUAUUGUGCUUGAUCUUUAUUAGAAAGGAGAAAUUUAAAAUUAUGUACAGUAUUUGAUUAUACUGUGAGUUUCCACUGCCUUAACAAUACAAUAUUUGUAUAUCUAUAUUUUCAUGAAAAUAAGUGGGAUAAAAGUAUAAUUUUCUAUAACGUGAACAGGAAUAUAAAAAAACUUCGCCAUAUUGAGAAAAAAAAAUCAUAAACCAAACGUGAUCCAAUAAGAAAGCCGAUUGCGUAACCACAAGCCAAGAUUUUUAUAUUGUUGGUAAGUCUGUGUAUGAUUUUCGACAGUCGAACUUAUGUUUAUUAAAACAAGAUUUAUAAAAGCUUGACUUGAAAUAAACUAAGUACAGUUAUUAUUUUAUGUAUUUAAUUAGCGAAAGGUAUUACUUAUUUACUGUCUUAUACUUCAUAAAAGGGUUUGGGUAAAAGGCGACCUGGUGAACUAUUUUCAAUUACAAUUAUUGAUUAACUAAAAUAUUGAUGUCAAAAAUAAUAUAGUGAAUCAAUAAAUUAAGUGUUACAAGCGCCUAGUGCGGUGCUUUGUCAUCACACCCAAAUGAUUUAUGACAAAGGCGAAUAACAGAAUCAUUAUCAACUAAACAAUAUGUCUUAAAUAAACCCCACCACAUGAACAUUUAACCAAGCAAUUUAUUCAACUUGAUG